CUUCCUCACCUUUCCCAUUUUUAAACAAAAAAUUUGCAAACCAUCAUGGAAAAAUAUGAUGCUGAUGUUGUCAAAGCUCCUCGAGCAGCAAUUGCCUUCACUGGCGGCAAGGACUCAGUGCUCGCAUUGCACCUGGUGUCUGCCAAGUUUCGGGCUUUAGUGACUAAUGAGCAAACAAAAGCGCAGCUUCACAACAUAGAGCAGCUCAACCCAGUCAUACUAGUGUCUUUCCGCCCCGCCGGUCAGCAAGACGAAUUUAAGGCACAUGGCUACGAAUGGACACUAAAGCUUGCAUCGUCGCUGGGCAUGCCACUGGUCGUCAAGGAAAUCAGCAAUACCCCUUCGUUUGAGGACAGCUAUCGCAGCCGGAUCAAGGAGCUUGCAGACGAAUACCAAGUGACCCGUCUGGUCACUGGAGAUAUUGAGGACAUUGGUGAGGGGUUCAUGGAUCGCGCGGUUACACAGACCGGUGUGGAGUUGGCUCGUCCGCUUUGGAAACUCCCCCGCCUUAAAGUACUCGACUUGUUGGCCCAUCUGCAGAUUGAUUACAUUGUGACGAUGACGCUGCUCGACAAGUUGCCCACUUCGAUUUCCGAGCGUCUCGUUGGUCAUUUAGUGACGCAACAAUAUUUGCUAGACCAAUUUGAUUGGUAUGACAGCAACCACCCGCCUCUUGACCUCAGAAAUACUGUGGACUUAGCCGGGGAGUAUGGCGAGAUGCACUCUAUGGUCAGAGACUGUCCGCUGUUCAGUUUCCAGGUCGUGCACUUGGGGAAAAUCCGCAAAGUUCAUCAGACUAAAUACGGAUCUUACAUGUACUUGUGUCCUGACAAAAUCCACAUUGUGCCCAAGUAACAUGUGAAUGCAAAUUAUACAUUUGGUGGGAGUUCUUAUUUAUCGCAAAUGGUUGUGUGGUAAAACCUCAUAGUGCUCAGACAACAAACAUUUUUGUUCUAUACAUUUUUUAUUUUAUACGACAUUAUAAAUAAAAGCCACCAAUUAUGCUGAUCA